AUGGAGAAGCUGAACACCGAAGAUGGACAGCUUUUCAUAAAAAACCUCGCUAGCUUCGUUCGCACCCAUGAGAAGGCCCUCGCCAAUGCCCUACAGCUGCGACGACAGCCCUCCAAAAAUGCGCAACCCACCCUCACAUCCUCGAGCGCCCCCUCGACCUCGUCCAGCCUUGCGGCGGCCUUGUCGCUGGGGUCUUUAAAGUUCACCUCGCCCAGCAUCAAGCCCGCCAAACUCACCCUCACCCCCCAUCACCUAUUCUACCUUCUCUCCCGAUUCGAAGAUCUGUCCAUCGCCGUGGGCCCCAUGAGCGUCCGACUGGAGAACAUCCAUACCGAUGUCUCCCAGUCCUAUGUCUCGUUCCUGAGUAAACCCCAACGGUCCAAGGGGGACCGGGACUCCAUCCACUCGGUCUCCAGUGUGCGUAGUGUCAUGUCCGGCAUGGGUUCACUGUGGUCGUCCUUCGGCCUGGGAUCGAAGGAUUCACUGUCCAAGUCGGAGCGGGCGAAAGCCGCAUUAGAAGCCGAUAUGAAGUAUCUCUACUCUGCCUUUACCAAGAUUCCCUGCCUGCGAUUAGCCCCAGACCGUCGUGCCCGCCUGAUCCGCGGAUACGAGGAGUUCCCCUUUGACACUGCCGUUCCCCUCCAUGCCUUUAAAAACCUGAGUGCCCUGGAGAUCAUCGAUAUCGAUUAUCGGUCGUUCUUCGGCUGGGACCGACUCUCCGAGCAGCUGCGGACGCUGACCGUGAAGCGCGCCAACCUGGAGGACCCGGGGGAUCUGCUGACCGGGAUCGUGUUGGAUGACAUCGAUAAGCGCCGUCGACGGUCGGCCAAACAUCAGAACUCGCCUGUCCUGCCGUGGAGCGGAAGCGCGAACCCCCAGCCGGUCCGCAAGUCGGAACUGUCGGGUUCCCUGUCGGCCCCGGGCUCCCCCGUGGCCGAUACGGCGUUUGGCACGAGCUCCAGCCCCAAAUCGGCCGCCAUGGUGCGGUUGGGGUCGGAAGAUGCCGCCCGCCGUCGACGCGCGGGGAGCAUCUCUCCCACCCGCCCGACCACCAGCUCGAAACAGUCGGUCUACCGUCACAGCCGAGGCGCCAGCGCCCGGAUCCGCCGCACGGGGUCGGGCAGCUCCAACUCCAGCGACACCUCGGGCUACCCGAAUGGCAGCACCUCCCACCUGCCGUCCGACGCUCUGCCCACGUCCAAGUGGCGGUUCCUGCGACACCUCGGCCUGGCGGACAACUCGAUGACCUCCGUCUCCGCCGCGGGUUUGGCCCCGGUCGCCAACACCCUGCACUCCCUCGACCUCUCCGCGAAUCUCUUCACCGACGUCCCCGACAGCCUGGCGACCCUGGUCGCGUUGAGGGCCCUCAACCUCUCGAAUUGCAUGAUUGACUCACUCCAUUCCCUAUCCCGCACCCCUCUCCCCGCCAUCACGGCCCUCAACCUUCGGGGGAAUCGUCUGCGCUCCCUGGCGGGGGUUGAACGUCUGCUGUCUCUCGAACGGCUGGAUCUCCGCGACAACCAGCUGUCGGACCCCACCGAGAUGGCUCGGCUCACCAGCCUCCCUGAGAUACGGGAGAUCUGGGUGUCGGGCAAUCCGUUCACGAAGACCCACUCGGGUUACCGCGUGGUGAUCUUCAACCUGUUCCGCCGCACCCCCGGCUAUUCCGAGGACGUCAUCAUCGACGGGUCGGGACCGGGCUACACGGAGAGAAAGCUCCUGGUGGAACGCGUUGCGGAGCCGGAAGGUGCGCCCGUGGUCCGCAUCUCGGCGGCAGACCGAUCGGCCAUCAUCAGCAAAGCUGCCACCAGUGUCGUGGGGGCCAAUGGUAGCCGGUCCGAGGAGCCGCCCUCCGGGGAAGGGCCGGUGCGGGAGGCGGUCUCGACCACCGACCUUGGGGUCGGGUCCAGUCGGCGACGGAAGGGCCAACGGCGGAGGAUCGUGGACGCGACGAGGGAAGGGCCCGUGACUAAUGGUAAUUUCGCCCCAGGUGUAGUGGUGCCUUGUACCCCUUCUGUUCAGCCCGUCCAAUUACCCGUUGCUCCGUUUGUCGCACCGUCUUCCGACCGUCAAUGGAAAUCUGAUGGUGGACCCCAGGGCGACACACCUAGUGCUCAGAGCCCGGCCACGGUGGAUGACGGACCGCGCCCCGUGGUCCCGCCGGCCAAAGAAGCCCUCGUGCUGCAGCGGACCGUCCAUGAGACGGAGUGGAGCAUGGAGGGGGAAUUCUACCGACGGCAGCUGGCGGCGCUGCAGCAAGAGAUGGGCAGCAGCCACUGGCUCGCCGUGCUCGGCGGCGAAUCGGUCCAUUCGUCGCGACCUGUGGGCAUGGCUCGCACGGGCACCGACCUCGGGGACACGGCCAUGCUGGCACCGGAACCGUUUCCGCGGACCAAUCCCCCCGCGAUCCUCAGCGGGGGGAGUACGAUCUGA